AUGUAUCUUUCUCGACCGAAUUUUUCCUUUUUGAUUCCCUCAAUCCAUGAUGGCUCCCAGCUUGAAUGCCGGAUCUAUCUGCCCCGCCAACUCGAAAAUAUAGAAACGGCGCCCGCUGGACCGAUCCAAGGUGCUAUCUUUGCUCACCCCUACGCCUCACUAGGUGGUUGCUACGACGAUCCAGUAGUCGGCUUCAUUGGUGGCGAGCUUCAAAAUGCAGGUUAUAUAGUGGGAACGUUCAAUUUCCGCGGAGCUGGAGAUUCCGAAGGGCGCACCAGCUGGACCGCCAAACCAGAACUGGGUGACUACAUCUCAUUCUACGGGUUCAUGCUGCACUACCUGCAGGGGUUGCAGAAUAGCCAGGGAUCCACUGGCCGCGAAGGGAAUCGGGGAGACAUCGAGCUUAUCAUCGGCGGAUACUCGUACGGAUCCAUGAUUGCUUCGCAUGUCCCAACCAUUGAUGUCAUGAUUGACAUAUUCCGACCCGGCGCUACUGUAUCUCCGGGUACGCCCAUUGACAAGAUUAGCAGGGAGGCAAGAAAAAUCGCAGCUGUGUCGAUACCAGGUUCUGUGGAGAGCGGAAUAGCGGCCCCGCGUCCAGAUGAUGAAAGUGUACUCCGCACUUCAAUCUUGAUCUCUUAUCUACUGGUGUCACCACUCUUGCCACCUGUGAGCUCUUUCCUCACGGUAUUCACUUCGCUUGUAGUGGAUGUGGGGGGUCGGUCAGCUCAGGCCCGACCGGCUCGUCCAGCCGACCAGCUGAGUGGGCACCGGACACUGGCUUUGUUUGGAGAUGAGGACACCUUUACCUCCACCCCCGGAUGGCGCGUUCCCGAUGCACAACCCUGCGAUGUCGAUGCCAAAUCCUUGCCACCACAUCGAUCACUACGGAAGGCUAUCUCUAUCCCAGCAGUUUCCUCGGUUGUAAAGGGCUCAUGGAAUUGGGCCGGCGACACCCUAGGCUAUUAUCGCGAUGGACUAUCGGCCGAGCAGCGGAAACAACAAGCGGAGAUUGAGGAUCGGAAACAAGUGAUCUACUUGAAAAUUCAAAAUGCGGUGUCGUACGAGGAGUGGUGUAUCUGCGCCAACGAACUUGACGUGCUGGAAAACAAUAACGCUUGGAAGCAGACCUUCGAAUGUACCGAAUAUCACCCUCAAUUGGUACAGGAACGAUUGCGACAACUGGAGGAGGCUCGUAUCAGCUGCGAUGUGAGCCGCAUGCUAUUUCUGGUCCGCACAGCACUCAGUCGGGACCUGGGGAAGAUGAGCAACUCGUCCCUUUAUCGCCACUCUCAUAUUGGAACUAAAAACUUGAUCGAUCGGUAUAUCACCACUGCAUUGGACACCAUCAAUACCUUGGUCGAUUUAUCCGUGCAUAAUCGUUGCGAUGGCUUGGAACUGAAGUACAUACUGGACCAACUUCUGGCAUCUCGACAAGCUUUUGGGCGCAGUGCACUACUUUUUUCAGGAGGUGCAACGUUUGGAAUGAAUCAUAUUGGCGUGCUGAAAGCAUUGUACGAGACCAAACUUAUUCCUCGUAUCAUCUCAGGUGCCUCUGCGGGUAGUAUUGUCUGCGCAGUCUUUUGUACUCGCAAUGAUGAAGAACUGCCAGCACUCCUUGACACAUAUGCCCAUGGUGAUUUUGCUGUUUUCAAUGAAACUGGACGAGAAGAGAAUAUCUUUCAAAAGACCGCUCGGUUCCUGAAGUUUGGCUCUUUUCUCGACAUUUCUCAUUUGGCGAAUACCAUGCGAGCAUGGCUAGGAGACAUCACGUUUCAGGAGGCAUACAACCGCACACGAAGGAUUUUGAAUAUUUGUGUAUCGAGUGCGGGGAUGUAUGAACUCCCUCGGCUGUUGAACUAUAUUUCUGCGCCGAAUGUGAUGAUUUGGUCAGCCGUAGCGGUGUCGUGCUCAGUCCCGUUGGUUUUUAGGCCUUAUAAUCUGAUGGCCAAGGAUCCUUUGACAGGACAAGCAGUUCCAUGGAACGAUUUUCACAAGCAAUACAUUGAUGGCUCGGUCGACGGCGAUCUUCCAAUGACAAGGUUGUCGGAGAUGUUCAACGUGAAUCAUUUCAUUGUAUCGCAGGUCAACCCUCAUGUCGUACCAUUUUUGCCCAAGGGAGAUGGUCCAACCAAGGAACCCGACGGUUCAUCAUUUGUCCCUCGGUGGAUGAACACAAUGACCCACUUGGCAAAAGACGAAGUACUGCACCGGGUUAAUGUCCUCUCAGAGCUUGGGUUCUUUCCAACUUCUAUGACCAAGUUCGCCUCCAUUGUAAACCAGAAGUAUAGUGGAGAUAUCAACAUAUACCCCGAAUUGAUUUCAUCCAAUUUUCCUCGGAUAUUGGAGAACCCGACAACGGAGUUUAUGCUUCAGGCUUGCAUAAGUGGCGAGCGGGCAACAUGGCCUAAGUUGAGCCGAAUCCGGAACCACUGUGCAAUUGAGCUUGCUCUUGACCGAGCCAUUCAGCAGAUGCGGGCCCGCGUGGCUUUUAGCCCGGGCCAAGUGGAUUUGCGUAUACAACACUCUAUUCAACCCUCAAGCGACUCGAUGGAUAGCAGCGCUGGCCGUGACCGUAUGGAAAACCACCGGAGGGGCUCUUAUAGUCAUGAGCUAGAGAGAAGACGACCAAGAGGUGGAUCGCAAGGGAACUCUACACAAGAGUUAAGAAAGGCACGCAGCACUGUGUCGCUUGAUAAUACACAUCUAUCGCUACCUGAUGAUUAUAUUUCUGAAUUAUCACCUCCAAAAGCCCACAAUCGUCGGUCAUCGAUAACCUUUGCUGGUGGGAUCUUUGAAGUUGGUUCCAGUAGCGACGAGGACGACGACAACGACGAUCCCGAGUUUGCUCUGUCUGACCACUCCGGGCGCAGGAUAUCCCGAGAUUCUUGGGAUGUAUCGUCCCCAAAGAGAAAUUCGAGUCAGGGAACGCGUAGUCCUGUCCAGACUCGGCGAUCAUCUUUCUCCGGUAGGACGCUUCAGGCAGCUCCAGGUCGACGAGGUUCUUCAGAAAAGACCUUGGCGCCGUCGGCUAGAGAGGUUUCCAUGGCCCUCUCUCCUUCAUCCCGCCAUUUACUGAACAUGACGCCAACAGUUCAGCCAACAUCCCCCAAACCUUCAACGCGGAAAUCGCGCAACUAA